AUGCAACCCAGUCUAAAUUAUCAUUGUGCUUGUUCUGCUACGCUCACCACUGGACCUGUUAGGCAACCUCCUCUUGCAACUCUCGAGUCUUCUGGUACCGAAUUUCACCCUCUGACCUCUCUGUAUUUCUGUGAAGAAUGCGAUGCAGUCAGAUGCCCUAGAUGUGUAGCUCUGGAAGUCAGCGGAUAUUACUGUCCAAAUUGCCUAUUUGAAGUGCCUAGUGCCAGUGUUAGAGGAGAGAAGAAUAGGUGGGUAGAUGUGCUCGCAAUUGCUUUCAAUGCCCACAUUGUCGGAAUACUCUUUCUGUCGUCCCGUCUGAUCCGCCUGAGCGAGAGCCUGGCUCACGGCUGCCCAUCAUUAUCAACCCCGUGGGCGAACCGCCCUUUAUAUUAUAUUGCUCCUUUUGUCGCUGGGAUUCUGAGGAGGUCGGGAUUUCGUUCGAAAAGCCAACAGGACUGGCAUCUCCAGCGCUUUGAGGACUCGGCGCCAGAAACCUUGGAAUUUGAUCGCCUCAAGGAUCACUUUGAGCCCCUGAUUAGAGCUUCGGGAACCGGUAAUACUGGGCAUACUCCAAACGCUCGGCAUAAUCCUAUUACUGCCGCGGCUUCUCAUGCAUUGGCACGAGAAGUUCACGGCGUACCCAGGCACCAAUUAAACAAAGGCGCCGGAAGAUCAGGAAAGACCAAGCCACGCAUCGAUCCUUGGGACUCCUAUAUCGCUCGCAAUCCUGCUUCGGGGGGUGAUGCUACGACUGUGGGCGCAUCAGGGGGCCCCGAAGAGGUUGAGUGGAUGAGAAAUUUGGAUAACAUCGAAGAUGUAGCUCCCGUAGAGGCCAGAUGGGAUGCAAGCUGGUCAGGCAGCUUACGUGCAAGGUAUGCCCCCUGUGGCCUAUCCCCAUUCUGCAUGUUGGCUGAUGAGAUAAGUUCCCUUGCUCCUCUCCGCAUUCCGCUUCACUCGAAGAUGUCGGUUCGCUGUGCGGUCUGUCGGCACAUCUUGAUCAAACCCGAACAAAAAUCACAAAGUGUACGUUAUAAGAUUAAGCUCAUGGCAAGUAACUAUCUGCCGUCCCUGGAGGCUUCUCUUUCAUCAUCAACUGGGGUCUCGCGGCUUGUUCAAGGGAGAAGCUGUCCGUUCUCAGUUACCAUAACCAACCCAUUAUACGACUCUAUUCAAGUGCGCUUACAACCAUACAACCCGGCAACCUAUCCAAACGUCAAUCGUCCGAACUUCCAUGUCGCACUACCUCAAGGUUUCCUGUCCGUGGCAGCAUUCGCUGAGGCGUGGGAAUACGAUGAAGAUGAUGAGGAUAUGGAACAAGACCAGAUGGUGCUCGAUGCUCUCGAAGGAGGAGCAGGUUUGGCGGACGCAGUCAAGGCAGGUACGGACGUGCGACUUCACCGAGGCAAAUCAGGCACAAUUGGGAUCCUCGAGAAACGAGCGAACAUGAUUCGCAUCGGCGGUGAGGUUGCCGUGUCCCGGGAUGGUAGCGGCGAUAUUAAGGUUAGCUAUCGCACAUAUUCAACCAUUUCAUUAAAUCUUAUCUCGGUCGGACAGUUCACCAUGCUCGUUACUUAUCAGUACCGUGCGGAGGAGCCUGCGGAUGAACAACCACAUGGUCAUACCGAUAGGGGCGCUGCUUCACAAGUCAAGUCCUUUUCAUUCCUAACUAUGGUUAACUUGGGACCUAUUGCCUCGAAAGAGCCAACUCGUGGGGAACACCCAAAUUCAUGA